UUUUUAUCGUAUCAUAAAUCACAGCACACCAAUAAAAGCCAGAUUUUUUUUUUGGGUAUAAUCGUAUACUUGCUUUACAGCUCAAUAGCGUCUUCUUCUUCUUCUUCGUCGUCGUCCUCCUCUUCGCGGAUCCAUUUAGAGGAGGACCACUCUUUUUUAAUUUGUGCGUAAUUAUGGCGUCAUCGAGCAGAUGAUUAUAUGCUUCGAGGAGAACAUACAUGCUGGAGUCUGUUCUUUCCGAUGAUUGGUUGUAGUUAUACUAGGCUUGAACAGUGCCAUCAUGGGCAUCUGUCUGAUGAAAUGCUGCUCCUCAUGGCUUCUUCUGACCUCAUUGCUUUGUGCCCUAACAAAUAGAAAUCGCGCAAUUAGUCCUGAUGGUGAGGCACUUCUGAGUUUCAGAAAUGGAAUUACUAGUUCUGAUGGUGUCAUCGGUCAGUGGAGACCCGAAGAUCCUGAUCCAUGUAAAUGGAAGGGGGUGACAUGUGAUGUGAAAACCAAACGAGUUAUAGCUUUGAGUCUUACAUAUCACAAACUAAGUGGACCUUUGUCUCCGGCUCUCGGGAAACUUGACCAGAUGAAGCUUCUAAUGCUUCACAACAAUAAUAUCUAUGGGUCAAUACCUACAGAAUUGGGUAAUUGCACAACAUUGCAGGGAAUAUACUUGCAGGGCAACUACUUGAGUGGAUCAAUCCCAAGUGAACUGGGAAACCUGUCAGAGCUUCAAAAUCUGGACAUCUCGAGCAAUUCUCUGAGUGGAGCUAUCCCUGCCUCGCUUGGGCAUUUGGAAAAGCUUACGGAAUUCAAUGUCUCAAACAAUUUUCUGGUGGGGCAGAUACCAUUUGAUGGAGUGUUUGCUAAAUUUCUAAAGGACUCCUUCAAUGGGAAUCUUAAAUUGUGUGGAAAGCAAAUUGAUGUCGAUUGCAAAGAUGACAGUGGAAACCCUUCCAGAGAUUCCCAGUCUACAACAGGAGGGAAGAAGAAUUCAGGCCAGCUGCUCAUUAGUGCUUCAGCAACCGUUGGAGCACUGCUUCUGGUGGCGCUUAUGUGUUUCUGGGGAUGCUUUCUUUAUAAAAAGCUCGGUAAAGUCGAGAGCAAAAGCCUUGCAAUGGAUGUUGGUGGAGGUGCAUCUAUUGUGAUGUUCCAUGGAGAUUUUCCCUACUCUUCCAAGGACAUUAUCAAGAAGCUGGAAAUGUUGAAUGAAGAGCACAUAAUUGGCAUUGGAGGCUUCGGAACGGUAUACAAGCUCGCCAUGGAUGAUGGCAAUGUAUUCGCCUUGAAAAGGAUAGUAAAGUUGAACGAAGGGUUUGAUCGGUUUUUUGAGAGGGAGCUCGAAAUUCUGGGAAGCAUCAAGCAUCGUUACCUAGUGAAUCUACGUGGAUAUUGCAAUUCUCCCACUUCAAAGCUACUGCUAUACGAUUACCUGCCGGGUGGUACCCUUGAUGAAGCUCUUCAUGAGAGAGGCGAGCAGCUCGACUGGGAUUCACGUGUAAAUAUCAUAGUAGGAGCGGCAAAAGGGUUAGCGUAUUUACAUCAUGAUUGUUCUCCGAGAAUUGUACAUCGCGAUAUAAAGUCCAGCAACAUUUUACUCGAUGGAAAUCUCGAGGCUCGGGUAUCUGACUUUGGACUUGCCAAGUUGUUGGAGGAUGGGGAAUCUCAUAUUACGACCAUUGUAGCAGGAACAUUCGGAUACUUGGCUCCAGAAUAUAUGCAAAGUGGCAGGGCAACUGAGAAGACCGACGUUUAUAGUUUUGGGGUUUUGGUUCUCGAAAUCUUGAGUGGAAAAGGACCCACCGAUGCCUCCUACAUCGAGAAAGGCCUCAACAUUGUUGGAUGGCUAAAUCUCCUAAUCAGCGAAAACCGACCACGGGAAAUCGCUGAUCCUAACUGUGAAGGGAUGCAGAUGGAAAACCUCGAUGCUCUUCUAUCGAUCGCUACCCAGUGUGUCUCGUCCAGUCCCGAAGAGCGACCCACGAUGCAUCGAGUUGUCCAGUUACUUGAAUCCGAGGUCAUGACCCCUUGCCCGAGUGACUUCUAUGAUUCAAAUUCCGAUUGAUUCACCUGAAAUUGCUAAUGUACUACCCGGAACUGGAAUUUUUUCGCCGACUGGUUCGUUUCCGGGGAAUUCUGUAACACCCUUCUGGAUUCGGAAUGCAUCCCCAUAAACCAUUUCAGGGAUUCUACAGGAUGAUGAAUUCACCUGAUAAUGUUCAAGAACAGAUGUCAUUUCCUGUGAUGGAGAGAAGUCUCAGAUGCCAAAUUUCUUUCCCAAAUUUACAGGUUGGAAGCCAUUCAUUUCAGCCUCUCUUUUUUUUUUUAACUUUUGUUUUGAAGUUUCUGAAAUUGGCAAACAAAAACACUUGAUUUUGAUUAUGAAAUUGAAUGUACAUGACCUUGUUUGUAUGUCUUCUGAUCUGAAUAAACCAUGGUUUCUUUUGUUGA